AUGAGAAAGCAUACUGGGAAAAUUUUACUUGCAUCUUCUUGUGCUCUUAGUGUUGGUAUUUAUUAUUAUGUAAAAACAUCCAAAUACUCAGAUUAUAAGAAAAGAUACGAAGGUGUUUUAAAUGAUAUAGAAAGACAAAAAAAAAAAUUCAAAAAAUGGACAUCUGAAAAUUUAUAA